UUUACUCCUUUACAUCUGUAUUAACCCCAUGUUAUAGAAACCGAAACACAAAGGAAUGUUACCAAAACAAUAGAACCCAGCAGUCCUGACUCUUAGAUUCCAGCUCCAUAUUACCUCUGUAUGUUCAACAGCCAUGUGGACCUGGGUUUAAAGCUGCCAUUUACAUCUAUGAUCCAAAUGGGUAAAAUAAUUUGAGAAGGGAAUCCCAUAAUGUGGAUCAUUACAACGUGAUGUUCAUCCCAUAAUAGCAAUGGAACUUUUUUCUUGCCCAAAUGUCAACUGAGGGAGACUUUUCUGAGGCAUCCUUGUCCAGUACUAGCGCCAUGGAGCGUGACUGAUAUUGUGAUACACGGCCCUCAUCAGCUACAAAUGCAUGAAAGCUGAUUACAUCAUGGGACAGACAGGUCAAGGAGGGUUGGUCUGACCUGCCAGCUUUGAUGCAGCCUCCAGGCAUGAAUCCUGUGCCUGGUAGCUCAGCCAACAAGCAAGCAGUUGAAGGAGCUUGGUGCGUUACAUAAGUCACCAGCUCUUCCAGUCUGAUAAAGGGACCAGCAAAGAUUAAACGAAAGGGUCCUCAUAUCUGGUCAACCUAUCAGAAAGGAAACCAAGGGCAGCCGGCUUACAGUGGGCGAGCACUUCCGCCCACAAGGAAGAUGGCCACGUCUGCAGACCACGUGACCUGCGCCCUUCCUGCAUCAUAAUCAAAAUGGCAUCGCCCAUCAAACCACGUGGUGUGAAUCCCUUCUGCCCGCAAACAAGAUGGCACUGCCACGUGGUAGGGUGCGGUCUUUGUGAUUGGUCGCAGUGGGCGUGACGCUGUAGAAGCGGAGAGGCUGCUCCUAAGGGGUGCUUGUGGCCUCAGCGGCGCCCAGUCGGCCGCUCGGCUGGGGCAAAGCGGGGGAUGCUGCGGCGGCUGCCCAAGCGCCUCGGGAGGUUACUGAGCCGCACCAUGAGCCACCGCGAGGCCGAUCCGCGCGCCGCCGGGAACCGGGUCCUGGUGGCAGGGCUGGGGAAUUAUGGGCUCCGAGGAACCCGACAUAACGUGGGAAUGGCGGUGCUCAAUCAGCUGGCCCAGAAGUUGAACGUCGCUGACCAGUGGAAAGCGGACAGACGCUGCUGUGCAGACGUGACCAUCACUAAUGUGGAGGAAGCAGAGCUGGUGCUGAUGAAACCUCGGCGGCUCAUGAAUAUCAAUGGACUCAGUGUAGCAAGCGCUGCUGAAACUUACGACCUCGGGGUAGAAGACAUUUACCUGGUUCACGACGACCUGGACAAGCCGCUGGGGAAGAUGGCGAUAAAGCUGGGAGGCAGCGCAAGGGGGCAUAACGGGGUCCGUUCCUGCAUCAGCUCCCUGCACUCAGACUGCAUGGUGCGGCUCAGGGUUGGCAUCGGCCGGCCGGUGGGGGAAGCCAUGGUGGAUCGCUACGUGCUGGGCCGGUUCACCAGCGCUGAGCACGAGGUCCUGCAGCGCGUCCUGGAGCAGGCGGCCGACCUCCUGCUGGAACACAUCCUGCAGAGGAGCAGCGGCAAGGACCACACGCCCCCUGGCGACACGGGGGACAGGACACCUCAUUAACCCCAGGAGCUGGGGGCAGUUUUUAUGAAUAUGGUGCCGACGGAAAGCAGUGGUCCUGGACUCCUUCAUGGGCCUCUGGGCACAGCUGCCGAGGCGGGCUGGGGGAGCUAAGCAGAGAGCACUGACCCCACAAGCUGUGCUGUGCGGGGGCAGGUGCCAAGGGAAGCUCCUGGCAAUGAAACUGGUGGGGGAGGUGGCGGACUGCCAGGGAGGUGCUAUUCCUGCACCCCCCCCCACAUCAGGUGACAGGCUUCUCCCAACCCCAUUAGCGCUGGCAAAGGCAGCCCGGUAGAUGGCCUGGCUCCACAUGGCCAAGUGCCCGCGCCUGGCACUGCAGCGCCAUGGGGAGUAAGGAGGAGCCCGAGAGAGACUCCACCCCAGACCCCAGCUGGAGGCUUGUCGUGGUCAGGGGCGCCUGCCUCCUUGCCCAGCUUGGGACCACUCUGUCCCAGCAGCACCUUGUCCCUGCCCCUGCAGGACAGGUCUGGGACUUGGUGUCCGUCCUUGGUCCCCAGCCAGGCAUCUCAGUAACUCCAUAGGUUUUAUAGGGCAGUUUUGCAUAGACUGUACAAUAAACCCAGGCGCCCAGUCUGCACACGCUUUGCCAUCUACGUUCAGUCCCUCUCCUUUGCGCAGGUGCUGGGGGCAGGGGAGGGAGCAAUCGGCUGGCAGAAAGGGGUGCUCCCUCCCUCCCAGCGUUUCCCUAUUUGGUCAGCAGGCCCUGCAAGGAGCGUCUGGCCGCUAUCUCUGGCAGGGGCAGAAUCGGCUGCUGCUUCACCCGUUUCUCCUCCGACCAGGAAGU